AUGCACCACCUCCUGCUGGCCUCGCUCUCCGUGCGCAGCCCGCAGGUGCUGCGGCUCCGCGACGCGACCACAGGGCAGCAGGUCUCUCUCGUCGGCACCGUCCACUACAAUCCCGCCUCGGUCGCCCGCGCCAAGGAGGAGGUGGCCCUCGCCAGCAAGCGCGACCGUUCGCUCGGCGCGGUGGUCGUCGAGUCGUGCACGAGCCGCUGGACCACCUCGCUCGAGAAGGCGCCGCCCGGCUCGCUGAUCGCAAACCUGGUCUGCUCUGAGAUGCAGGGCGCGGCCGGCGUGGCGCUGCAGAAGGGCGUGCCCAUCAUGCUGGGCGACGCGGACGCGGGCGCCUUCCUCCCUCGAGUGCGGCAGCUGGCGCAGCAGUCUGUGCGAGACCUCGUCUCUCCGUUCGCCGGCGGCUGGGCUGCGAUCGUACAGGACUUUGGCCGCACGCUGCCUGGCACGCUCAACCCGGCGGACGUGGCGGGCUCGGAGCUGCUGCUCGAGGGCGAGAGGCCGAUCGGCAUCCAAGACUUCCUCAAGCCCGAGAUGCUCGUCGGCUUCCUCUUCUCGCUCAUCCGCUACCCGGCCGCCUUUGCGCUCAAGGCGCCGCUGCCAUUUGCAGCGCUCGCCGCCUUUCUCUACGCGCUCGAGGCUCUCCAAGGGGCGGCUCGGGCGGGCCCGACGGGCUGGGUGCUCGUCGCGCGGCUGCUUCUCGUCGCCUUCCUCGAGGAGCGGAACGCGGAGCUCGCGCGCUCCAUCCGCCGCGCCGCCGCCGAAAAGGACGCGCCGGUCGUAGCGAUCCUCGGCGGCCUGCAUGUCAAUGGCGUCGCGCGGCUGCUGCUGUCCGAGGCGACCCCUGACGCCGAUAGUCUCGCGUAUGAUCGCGUCGCUGACGGCGUCUGGUGGGAGCCACCGCCGGAGGUGGAUGCCAGUAAGUGGCUGUAG